AUGAACCGACACGCGCUGGCUGAAGCCACGAGUCUGCACGACGGCCCCGUGCCCGUGUAUCUCAUGGAAGAGAUUGCGCAUUCGACCAAAGCGAGCGACCGGGACGCUGAAAAGACUGCGGACUUUAUGCUCGCGCGGCUGCACAAGAGCAACUUGAACGUCAAGCUCAAGGCACUGCAGAUCAUUUCUUGUUGCAUCCGAGACGGUAGUCGUGCUUUUGCUGAGGUUAUUCGAGACAAGGAGCAGGAGGUGGCUGUCUACUUGCAAAUUUCAGGUCUGUCGGAUCCAGUGUAUGGUGAUGAAAAGUACCGCCGUAUUCGGGUGGCAGCACAGGAAGCGCUGGUGUGUUUAAAUGUCAGUUUCCUCUCGCGUCAGCAGGAAGAGCCGCAGCAGCACGCUCUUCAGGGUAACGAUGAAAGCUGGCACGCUUCAACAAGAGACAAUGUGCCGGCGUAUGGCACUGCUGAUAGUGCAUGCGAUCAAACGGAACGACAGCAUAUGAGUGUUGGCGGAUCGUGGGGACAACAGCAGCCUUCUGGUCGGCCAAUGCCUUAUCAGGAUAAUCCGUCCGAAGGCUACAAUCGACCAUCGGAUGGCGGCUAUAAUGGACCACCUGGAGUGGGCCGUAGUGGACCUCCGGGCGGAGAAGGCAACCGUGGCUUUGGGAGCGAUACUAAUAACUUUGGGCAAAACGGUGGUAGCAUGGGAGGAUACGGCACCACCCAAAACUGCCCGCAGAGCACAUAUGGUCACAGCACACAAGCACCACAGCCACCGCAACGGCAAGCAACCGGCUUUGACUCGUGGUCUACCCAUCCAGGAUCUGGUAUGGCGUCGAAGAGCACCGGCGCCGGUACUUGGAGUAGUUCGGGUUACCAAAAGAAGGACCUUGCAGUGGAUAAUGAGCCGCGCUACAAUCCGUCCGUUAGACGAGACAACCGCCCUACGGUGCUGGUGGGACACGCGCUUAACUUUCCAAAGCCAGCUGGAGCAUAUGGCAACAGCACUAUGGAUGUGACGUCAGGACUCGGUGGCUUUCAGAGCGGUACAUACAAUUCGAACGCUGUUCGCAGCGCUAGCGGUGCAACUGCAUUCAAUCCGAAUCUGAUUGAAGGCAGUGCGCCAGGCGGCUUCGCUGGCCACCACCAAUUGGGGGGAGCACCAUCAUAUGCUGAUGCAACAAGCCGCAUAGGCGGCAGUGCUCAUCGCAUUGGUAGCAUGGGCCUUCCUGUCAAUGGACAGCCACUCCCAGACGCGCCAUCGACGGCUCUCGGUAAGAAAGCAGAAGUGCUGAAAAAGUUAGGUACAGCAGCGCUGGAGAAAUGGGACCGCCGCAAUAUGGACAAGUCGAUGGUAUCAUCCCUGGCUGAUCACGACGAGUUGCGGGCCGGCCCUCAAAUAGUUGAACAUGGUUAUUAUCAGUCGAACGCUCGACAGGGGGCGGGUGGGGGCGACACCAGCAGGGACUAUGAGCGCACGAUGAUCGACAACUUGUGCGCACCGGCAGGUCUUUCGCGCGCGCCGCCUGCUGAUGGGCUCAAACGUUUUGUCGAUCUUGCACAGACGCUGGAUUCUCAAACAAUCGGUGACAUCGUGCUGGACAAGCUAGAAGACGAGACGUGGCAAGUUCGUCUGAAAGGUCUACACGUCGUACGAGCGCUGCUGGACUCACCAGGCGCAGCAGUGUAUGAGGAGUUUUUCGAGGAAAACGUCGAGGUCAUUGAAGAGCUGCUAAAGGAUGCCAAAUCUAGCGUAGUGUCGAAGGCGCUGCAGGUUUUGCGUGCACUUGGUUACGCGGAUGAUGCUUACGAGGCUCCGAAGCCUAGCAGCAAACGCGUGGGUGCUACACGAUUUCAGCGUGGCAGCUCUCCAAACAAACGUGUACAACAGGAGGUGGACCUACUUGGCUUCGACUCGCUAAGUCUUGAAUCGCCUGCUAGUCCUGUCGGCCACGGCGGUACAGGUUCAGUAGACCUCCUUGGUUCUCCUGUCUGCCCACUGCCGCCACCGGCCUUGACGUCUAUGCAGGAGGUUUUGCUUCUGGGUGACUAUAAUACGCUAGAGCGUUCCGGUCCUCCCUACGCUCCGCAGCAGCAGCAAGCUGUCCCGAAAAUGUACGAGCAGUUCGAGCAAGCUCGUGUUGAGGAGCAUAUCAAGACAUCGAGCCAUUACGGAAAGGAUCUUUUCUCCGUUGUCGACUCUCCGUGCAGUACAGGAACAUCCAUUGGUACCGCGUCACGUGCUGGGGCCGUCGAUAAUGUGUGCUUGAGCGGUAAUCGGUCAGCAUUCACAUUCAUGUAA